CCAUGACUGGACAAAGUGUGAGGAGCUAUAAAAAGAGGCAGACGUGGAUUUCUGCACAUCAGUUAUUGGCAGAAACCAAGAAGGAGAAGACAGACCGUUGAAGAGAACAAUGAAGUUUGUGGUGUUGGCUUUGAGCAUCGUCCUGCUGUUCACAGCUGGUGGCGCCCUGGACUGCCAUCGCUGUGUCCCCAAAACCGCCGGAGGACACUGUGACCUCAGUGUAGAGACAUGUAACCCACAGAAGGACGGCUGUGCUGCUGCCAAGUUCACCAGAGGACCACUUGGCCAGUAUCAGAAAUGCAUGGCUCUGUCCGACUGUGAAAUGCUGAAGACGAACGCCUUCAUUGACAUCAAGUGCUGCAGUGAAGACAUGUGCAACACCUAUUAAAUAACAAGUAACAUCAUUAUGCAGAAAAAUAAAGGUGUUUGAACAACGUU